AUGCUCGGACAGUCCUUGAGGGCCUCGCGCCAAUUGCUCGCAAGAGCCACCCGACCGCAACAUGCCGUCGCCCUUCGCCGCACCCUCAUAACGCCUACCGCGGUCCGCCAAGGCACGUCUCCCAUCAAGCCCUACGACAUGUACCUCAAGGAACUGAAGGCCUACAAAGCCCCCGCCAUCAAGCAGAACGACUCCGUCGGCCACGUCCAGAACUUCGCCAUGCCUAAGCCUCCACAAUCACCCGAGGAGACCGAUAUCGCCAACGACUUGCAGUCAUACGAGGCCCAGGUGCCAGAGAUUGAGGGACAGGGUGUAGCUGGCGAGACGCUUCCGCAAGAGCAGGACUGGUUCGAGGACCCGGAUGAGGAGCCGGCUGUUCCCGCGGGCGGUGCGACUCACUAG